UGUUUUCACAGUACCUGGACCCCCUCUUGGGGGAAAAAGUGGAACAGCUAGGUCUCAGAGCCAUGUUAUUUUGCCUGCCUGGCUUUUUAAUGUGUCUCAAGAGCAACUAUUAAUACCUCUGUCUCACUGACCUCUCCCCCAGAGAGGCAGCUAGGACACAGCCUCCCUCUUCUUUGUGUGUCUAAGACGCACUGGACCCUGGGCAAGUAUCAAAACAGGACAGGAGACAGGAAGGACCAAACCUCCUCUGAUUUCCUGAGCCUAAGAGUCAUAGGCUAAGGUACAUCAGGGAGAGCCCUCUCUAUGGAAGAUCCAUUUCUGGGGGUACCAGUUAUAUCUCCAGAAUUAUUUUUUACGGGAAUUAAGAAUACAGAAGAAAGAAACUGGAACUAAACUAGAAGCAGGCCCAAACCCAGGCCUAUAAGACUGAAAAUAACUCACUAUGGAUUCCAACACUCAACAAAGACGGGAAUGGGGGAAGGAGAACAAAGGAAGAAAAAAUCGGACCUCAAGUUUUUGGAAAAGAAUUCAACCCAGACACCAACCCUUAAGGAGACUACAAACAUCUAGCGAUAUGAUGCAGCGCAUGCAAGAUGCUUUGCGGGGAGACAUGAUGCGAGAAUUUUUGGCUGAAUUCAUAAGUACAUAUGUCAUGAUGGUGUUUGGUUUGGGAUCUGUGGCCCAACAAGUUCUUGGGGAGAAUAAUUAUGGGACAUAUCUCAGCAUCAACUUGGGAUUUGGCUUUGGUGUUGUAAUGGGGGUCCAUGUGGCUGGGGGAAUCUCUGGUGCCCAUAUGAACAGUGCGCUUACCUUCACAAGCUGUGUCCUGGGUCAGAUGCCCUGGAAGAAGUUUCCUGUCUACACAGUGGCACAGUGCUUUGGAUCCUUUUUAGCAGCAGCUACCAUAUAUGGUCUUUUCUAUCAGGCACUCCUACGGUACACAGAUGGGAAUCUGACAGUAACCGGUCCCCGGGCAACUGCAGGCAUCUUUGCUACUUACCCUGCCUCCUAUAUGACUCUGUGGAGGGGAUUCGUAGAUGAGAUAUUCUUAACUGGGAUACUCCAGGUAUGCCUGUUGGCCAUCAAUGACAAGAAGAACUGCCCGGCUCUGCAAGGGACCCAUCCUUUGGUCAUAGGUGUCCUUGUGAUUACAAUAGGAUUGUCACUGGGCAUGAACACUGGUUAUGCCAUCAAUCCAUCCAGAGACCUGCCACCAAGGAUCUUUACAAGCAUAGCAGGCUGGGGAAAUGAAGUCUUUACAGCAGCAGAGAGCUGGUGGUGGGUCCCUGUGGUUGCCCCGCCAUUAGGCUCCCUCAUGGGAGCUAUUGUCUACCUACUCCUUAUUGGAUCCAGUCAUCGACAUCAGAACGACCGAAAUGCAGAGGUUGCAACGACACCUAAGCCUCCUCGAGUCCUGCAGUCACUGCAGCCCCAGCAGUCCCUGAAGCAGAAGGUGAUUGUGCCCUCGUCUCAUCAUUCAUCUAUGUUUCCCCUGUCUUCUCACUCAAACAUGGAUGAUCCCCCAUCUCCUCGUGUUGGCCAUCCCCUUGCGGCUCCCUCUCUUAUUGUUUUACAUAAGAAUAUUUCUCAAAAAGUCCAAGAGGAAGAUGAGACGUUUAUGUGACAAGGAGACAAAGUCCUCCCAUGGAAGCUUCUCUUCCUUGAGUGUUGUUGGACUAGAACACUCUUUCCCCAAAGAGCAAUCCCUAAAACUGCUUUCUUUUUUCUGUAUCCUUCAGACCCUUCAGUCUUCCACCUAGGAGUCCCAAUAUUGCAACCUUUUGGCAUGGAGAAAAAGUGUCUAAUAAAAUUCAUACAUCUUGAGGUA